AUGAAUGUCUCAUCUGGUACGCGAACGCCGUUUCUUCUGCUGAGGCUGCUACCGGAGGAUGACAAUACGUUUGCGCCUCCGGCUUUGAGUGCCUACGGAAUAGCACUUUUAAGUGACAAGACAGACCUAGCUUCCAGAUCCUCCUUGUCUGGCGUUUACGGAGAGGAUAUCAAGGAGAACACUGCAUUGAAGAACUCCUUAAAGUCUCGAUUAUCUGUUCAUUUCAAGGACAACGGGGCUGCAAAAGAUUCUGGAAACGCUAGCAGCACCAACAGCCAUAGCUCUAGUAUUUAUAAUAGUGGUAGCCAUAACUCGAGCAGCCAUAACAUCAGCCUCAGCACAAGCAAUCAUACUCUUAGCGGUACUUCCUUCAACUCAUCUUCCAAUUUCAAUGGUGAUGACAACGACGAAUUCGAAGACCAAUCAGGUGAUACCAUUGGGAAACUCGACUUGAUGACAGCAACAACCCCUGGCGGGUCUGAUGCCAGUUCAACGCGACCCUCCUCGACCGGCCUUACCAAUACAAAGCGUUCUCGACUAGCACGAAGGUUCAAGUCCCUUGGGCCUCCAAAAAGGGCUUCUGAAAUGCCUCCAAGUCUGGGUGAUCAGGAUGGCAAUUCCGGCUCCUCUUCUGGUAAGCAAUCUCCAGUGACACCAUCAAAUGAUAAAGAUCCAGCAUUCACGCAAUCUUCUCAAAUCCAAACACCCAUACGACUGUCAAUUAUGUCCCCAGCAGAAAAUGGGGUUGAUAGAAAGAGAACUAUUACGGGUGACUCGAAAUUCUUCAAGAGUCUAGAGAUAAUGAAACAAAAGUCUCCAGGAUUGGAGCCGCUUGCAGAUGUUAAGGCAAAAUCACCAGUCGCUGCUGAAAGGGGACCCACAAAACGUUCCCGAUCGCAAAACUCUUCAGUCUUUCCUGGAGUGCUGAAUUCAUCCUCAGUUUCAGCGUUCGAUCCUUUGCUAUCGCAAGACAAGCCACGCAUUCCCUUACAAACCAUCUCGUCUAAUAUCAUGAACAUAGAGACGGGCCUUUCUACUUUCAGGAAACCAAAAGCUCCUAAGCUUUCAUUUCCUCAUAAUACAUCUAUUAAUGCCGACUCGGCUUCAAAAUAUUCGCAUACUCCGGCAGUGAGCUCGGUGGAGCCACUCAUGUCCACAAGGCUCCUGACAGAAGACCAGAAAACCAAGAAAGUCAUCGUUAUCAAUUCUAGGCGGUACGAAAAACUUGAACUCAUAGGUAGAGGUGGAACUUCUAAGGUCUACAAGGUUCGAUGUAUGGAAACGAAUAAUCAGUUGGCUAUAAAGAAAGUGGCAUUUGACCUGUUUGACGAAUCAUGCGUGAAUGGCUUUAAGGGCGAGAUUGAGUUGUUGACGAAAUUGAAAAACGAGUCGCGGGUGGUCGAGUUGAUCGAUCACGUUGUUAGCGAUGGCUCAAUCUACCUUGUCAUGGAAUGCGGUGAGAUUGACUUAGCACACGUAUUUCUGAACAGAUUAGCCGCUGGGUCAUCUAUCGAUUUGGGUUUUGUUCGUUUCCAUGCCAUCGAGGUGCUAAGGUGUGUUGAGGCUGUGCACCGUGCUGGUAUUGUGCACAGUGACUUGAAGCCAGCCAAUUUUCUAUUUGUGAAGGGGAUUUUAAAAAUCAUUGACUUUGGCAUAGCUAACGCGGUGCCAGAUCACACGGCAAACAUUUAUCGUGAGUCUCAAAUUGGAACGCCAAAUUACAUGGCACCAGAAGCAUUGGUGGAGACCAACCAUUUGAAUUUGGCUCCAGGAUCAGAGAAAAAGAGUACCAAAUGGCGGGUCGGGCGGCCUUCUGACAUAUGGUCUUGCGGUUGCAUCAUUUAUCAAAUGAUUUACGGCCGGCCGCCAUAUGGAUCGUAUUCAGGACAACAAAGGAUUAUGGCUAUCAUGAACCCACAAGUGAAGAUCCAGUAUCCCACGAAGGGUAUUGGAGAAAUUCCUGUUCCUUUGAGCGCAAUAGAGCUCAUGCAAAAGUGCCUAGCCAGAAAUCCUAAUGAUCGGUGGACUGUGGAGGAAUGUUUGAACUCUAAUUUUUUGAAACCCCGGGCAGUGAGUGAAAACUUUGUGAAGGACUUGGUUUAUUCUGCAGUUAAUUUCGGUUUCAAUGCGAGACACACUGGUGAGAUUACGGAUGAGGUUUACGAUAGGCUUGUGGAGACUGUGCUCAAACAGAUUGAAGAUUUGAACUAUGCAUAG